AGUUCCUGGGUGUGGGUUUUUAGCACAUCAGUCCGGAGGAUUCGCACGACUAACCUGAACUUUCAUUGUUCUUGUAGGCUUCCCCAUACCCUUUGGCAUUUGUGAUAUCAGAUAAGAUUAAUGCUUCACUGCUCUUUAAUGAAGCACUCGCUGUACAUCUCCAGCGUUCUUGACAGUAAAGGCACAGGCAUCGAUAACACCGCGAACACCAAUGGGACUGCGUAACUCUCAUCCGAAGCUGUACCCCGGAGAUAUUCUUGAGUUUCCUGGCAACAGUUACUUUUCUCAUUUUGGCGUUUACUAUGGAGAAAGAGACGGAGUUCCUUAUGUGGCCCAUCUGACCAUCAGAGAUUCAGACACCAAACUCCUCCUUUUCGGCCGAGCUAUAAACGCCUCGGUAAAGCUAGACCCGCUUGAUGUAGUCGGGAAAAAAUACAAGGUAAGAAACUACCUGGAUGACAAGCAUCCACCACGAGAUUUCUACGUUCUCAUCAAGCCGGAGAUCGAUGAAAUCAUGACGAAACCCAUCACCUUUGACAUCCUGUUCAACAACAGCGAACAUCAGGCCACAAUGUUACGAUACGGGGUUAAAAAGUCAGAGCAGAUUGAAAAAGUCUAUUCCAAGAUAGUUCCCACCUGGAAAGAUUUGUUCGAGAAGAAAAAGAUUUGAGAGCCACAUCUUCUGCAUGAAGACACAAGACUUCAAGACCAUACAAAAACUAUUUCUUAAGUAAUUCCUAUCAAAAAGAUCCUGUGUCAAAUAUACUCAAAACAAAACAAGCUACAAAAUCUUUAUUUUUGUGAAUGCAUUUGGUAUCUGAAUAUUUUCAAUAUAUCUGUGUGUCCAGAAGGAGGCGACAAAGAGCUAAAGUUAGCAAAAGUUAAAAAAAAGCUAAAGUUUUUAGAAUAAAGAAGGUAAACCGCAGGAACGACUGUUAACCCAUUUAUCUACAUAAGCAAAAUCUUCCACUUACUUUAUAUAUAUAUGUAUGUUUUUUUUUUUUAGUUUUAUAGUUGGAAGGAAAAAUAGCUAUGCUAUCUUGUGCAUUUCUCAUUCAUAGCUAAUAUAUACAAUUGAGGAAAUUCUCUGGCCUUUUAGAUUAAUAAAAAGUUGAUAUAUACUCUACAGAUUUUCAUGUGCCAUGAUUCAAUGCCAACUAACAUUUUGUAAAACUAAGAGUGUUUAUUAAAACGGCUUCAAUC